AUGUCCACUGACCCCUACAACGACAUCAAGCCAGACCCGCACGCGGCGGUACGCACCCACCGUGUUGACAAUGUAAUCGACAUCGAGAACCCGCUACAGCGCCUCCCAGCGGCACAGGUGGCAGCCGACGCGCGCGCGUUUGCCGAGGCUCACGACCUAGGCGACCACGCGGAAGACUUUGUCAAGGGUGCGCUGGUCGCGCGCUCCCCCGACGAGCUGGACACCAUCCCGGAGCUCAGCGACGCCGACCGCGCCGCGCUGGCCUUUGAGAAGGACCACAAGUGGCGCUGUACGGGCCAGCUGUACUUCGCUGCCCUGAUCUGCGCGCUCGGCGCCGCGACGGAGGGCUGGGACAUUGUCGGGUCGAACGGCGCCAACUUGUCUUUUCCGGUCGAGUUUGGGAUCGCGCGGCCCCGCCCUGAGCCAGGGGCGAGUCGCGACGAGUGGAUUGUAGGGUUGAUCAACUCGGCGCCGUACCUCGCCGCGGCGAUGGUUGGCGUGUGGGUGUCCGACCCCCUGAACAACUGGCUCGGCCGGCGCGGGCUCAUCUUCGUCACGGGCCUCGGGCUCAUCGCGACGCCGCUCGGCAUGGCCUUCACGCGUUCCUGGCAGCAGCUCCUCGCGGUGCGCCUUCUCAUGGGCAUUCCGUACGGCGCGAAAGCCGCCACCGUCAGCGUUUAUGCCGCCGAGAUCUCGCCCACGGCGAUCCGCGGCGCGAUUACCAUCGGGUGGCAGCUGUGGGUCACGUUCGGGAUCUUCAUCGGCAUGGCGGCGAACGUCAUCGUCAAGGACGUGCCGCGCAUCGCGUGGCGGCUACAGCUCGGGAGCGCGUUCAUCCCCUCUGUCCCGCUCGUCUUUUUGGUGUGGCUCGCGCCCGAGAGCCCGCGCUGGCUGAUGAAGAAGAACCGGUACCCCGCCGCAUUUGCAGCCUUCUACCGCCUGCGCAAGACGCCGCUCGCCGCCGCGAGGGACAUGUACUACUCGCACGUGCUGUACGAGGAGGAGGUCGCGCUCGCAAAGGGCACGACGUACUGGUCCCGCCUGACCGACCUCUUCACCGUCCCGCGUAUCCGCCGCGCGAGCCUCGGCGCGUUCACGACCAUGAUCGGGCAGCAGCUGUGCGGGAUCAACGUGAUCAGCUUCUACUCGUCGACCGUGUUCCGCGAGGGAGGGUACACCAACGACCAGGCGCUGUAUGCGAGCCUGGGGUUCGGCGCGCUCAACUUUGCGUUCUGCAUCCCUGCGCUGUUCCUGGUCGACACGUUCGGCCGCCGCAGCUUGCUUUUGUCGACGUUCCCGUUCAUGACGCUCUUCCUCCUGCUUACCGGCCUCGCGUUCCUCCUGCCCGACUCGCAGGCUUCGACGCGCACGUCGCUCGUCGCGGCCUUCAUCUACAUCUACACCGUGUUCUACUCGGUCGGCGAGGGACCCAUCGCGUUCUUGUACCCUGCCGAGGUGUUCCCCACUGUCCACCGCGAACAAGGCAUGGCGUGGGGCGUGUGGGCGAACAACUUCUUCGCGUCCCUCCUAGGCCUCACCUUCCCCUCGCUCCUGCGCGGCCUGACGCCUGUCGGCGCGUUCUGCCUCUACGCAGGCCUGAACACGCUCGCGCUCAGCUGGGUGUGGUGCUUUGUGCCCGAGACCAAGGGUCUCACGCUGGAAGAGAUCGACCAGGUCUUCUCGGUCCCGACGCGCCACUUCAUCCACUACGAGACGACGCAGUGGCUUCCCUGGUGGUUCCGCCGCUACGUCCUCUUCGACCGCAAGGCGCACCUCGUGCCCCUGCUCGACUGGGAGACGGACCGGCAGGCCAAGGCUGCGCGCCGGGUGGCAGCUUAG